UAAAUAACUCUUUGGUUCAAACCAAAACCACCAAAACAUCAUCAAAUGUCAAAUAAUAUUAUUUUUUCACCAGAUUUUCUUCUGCCGAUUAUUCAACAAAAUACGAAAAUAGGGUUUCCAUGGAGUAAGGUUUCUAUUUCUUUAGGCAUUUUAGUUUUAGCGAGUAUGGCGUGGAGAAGCCACGGAAUAAACAACGCCGAUUUGGUUCGCAAUCUGAGAGCAAAUGGCAUCAUAAAAACGGAUGCUGUGGCGAAUGCAAUGCUAGCCGUUGACAGAAAUAAUUACUGUCCACAUGCUCCAUAUCAGGACUCCCCACAAUCAAUUGGAUAUUCUGCCACAAUCAGUGCUCCACAUAUGCAUGCUCAUGCACUGGAGAGAUUAAGAAAACAAUUAAUUCCUGGUGAGAAGGCCCUGGAUGUUGGUUCUGGAUCAGGUUACUUAACAGCUUGCAUGGCUUUCAUGCUGGGAGAGACUGGGAGGGUGAUUGGUGUGGAACAUAUAUCAGAGCUAGUGACACUGGCAACCAAAAACAUUAAGGCUGAUAAUCCAGACUUACUGACCUCGGAAAGAGUUAAACUUGUUGUUGGCGAUGGACGUCAAGGCUACCCUGAUGAAGCUCCCUACAAUGCAAUUCACGUUGGAGCGGCUGCUCCUACCUUACCCCAGGCUCUUGUCGAGCAACUGAAGCCUGGUGGUAGACUCAUUGUUCCUGUGGGCCCAGAAGGAGGUGAACAGCAUCUCACACAAGUGGAUAAGGCACUGGAUGGUACCACCACAGUAAAGAAGCUAAUGAGCGUAAUCUACGUCCCACUGACGGAUAAGAACCACCAGUAUCGUGAGUGACCCCUUACUACCUUACUGGUCCAUGGAGCUAAGUUGCCUUGUAUAAUAUAUAUUGAAUAAAACUCCAGGAUGACAUUCAGUUUUUUUUAUUGACUCCAUAAUUUAUUCACAAAUUAACUAUUAUUUCGUAAGUUACAAUUUACUGUUAGCACACUGAGCAGCAAAAAUAUUAAAAAAAUGAUCCACAAAGAAAAUCCACAAGGAAUAAUCUCUUACAAGUUGCACUCUAUUUUGAACUCGAUUUCAGUUGUGAUUUAGUUCCUUAUCAUUUUAUUAUUGAAACUGCUCAAGCAUUUUGCUGCUCAGCUUGUGCUGACAUUACAAGGAUUGACAAAUUAUAACUCAUCUGUAGUUUUAGUAUUGUGUCUGUCUGCAAGAAAUUAUUAAUAAAUAAAUAUUUUAAAAAUUAA